AUGUCCUCAAUCCCGUCUCGUGACGAUAACGGCACGAAGCCGCCCUUCCCAUUCUUUCCAGGUCUCAACCAUCUCAAGAGAAACUGGUCGGACCUUGUGGAGGGCAACAUCGAGCAAUUCCCAAUUGAUUCCGGCAUCCUCACGACGCGCAACAUCUACCCACAAUCGGCUGCCGAUGCGCCAGACUGGCUGCCUUCGCCGCAAGAUAUCGGACCGUUGAUUGCGCAUGUCAAGAAUAUCAUCCCGCCAGCGGAGCGAAUCCAUCGUCGCGACAGCGACCACUUCACCAGGCCCCAUCAGCUCACCGACAGUGUCAGAAAGCACUUGAGCCCCAUACCCAGAUCGGCUCUUAACUGGCACCACCAUCUAGCCACAUGUGCCCAGGCAGUACGGAAACAUGCAGAGCCGUACUCGGACGCGAGCGCCGCCUACCAACGAGAGCUAGACUACUCCAAUACCAUAGAGGAAUACCUUGCCGCUGGCGAAGAGGAUGCCUUGGGUACAUGGUGGAAGUGGCGCGCCGAGCUCAUGAUUGAGAUUGGCGACUUCCUAGGCUGUGUCAUUACGCAUUACGAAACCGAGCGCAUUGACAGCAACACAAUGCUAUUAGUCGGAUAA